AUGGCGCGCGGGGAGGACGCGUUCACCGCGGCGGACUCGCUGUGCCGCCUCCAGCGCCUGCAGGCGACGUGCGGCGCUCUUCGCGAGUCCGAGGGCGUCGACGCCCUGCUGUUCAUAGGAGGCAUCGACGGCAGAGACAACCUCGGAAGCGUCCGGUGCCUGAACUUUCUCCUCGGCGGCGUCGGCGGGGUCGAGCUCCUCGAGCGCGAGCAGUGCGUCGGCAAGUGGGGCGAGGACGUGGUUUUACUCGUGCGACCCGACGGGUGCGAGAUACACGUCGGCCACGCGCACUACGAGGCGCUGAGACCCUUCGUCGCCGCGUGGGGUAACGUGGAAGUGCACACCCUGCCCCCCAGGCACAUCCCGAACGAGGACGACGAAGCACCAAAAAGGCCGGAUCGGGAAGACGAGGCGCGCGACGACGAUGAAGCGUCGUCGGAUGAAUCCCUGGGCGGACGCGGCGACGGCAGCGACGACUCCGAGGAAGAGGAGGAGGAGGACGUGCUGCAGGACUUCAAGCUCACGGCGCUGGUGUCGAUGCUCACCGGCGUCACCACCGUCGGCGUGGCGUGCACGCCGAACGGACCGGGCGAGAUGGAGACGGAGAGGUGGCCGCUGCUCCAGGCGUACGGCAUCGAGGGCGUCGGACGCUCCGGCUUUUUCACCAUGAGCACGAAGGUCGUCGACACGUGGGACGUCAUCCACCGCGCGUGUUUCACGCAGCUCGACGGCGCGCAGCUCCGGCGCGAGCUCGCCGAGUCUACGCCGCCGUUUCGUCAGCACUGGGAGGCGUCGCUGGCGACGAUGGACGCCAGGCGAGCGCCGGGACGCAUGACGCUCACCCCGGCGCUCGCCUUCGACCCGCUCGCGGAGUUUUUCGCGUACGGGACGCUGCGACGCCCGGUGGGGUUCGGAGCGUUCGACGAAACCGACGCGCCGAGGGUCGGGUUCGGGCUCGGCACCGACGACGAUCUUCGCGGUGGCGACGACGUACGUCUCGAAAACGUCAGGGCGUCCGCGUCGGGGCACGCGCGAAGCCCCGCGCUGCACUGCACGGUCGAGGCGAGGCACCCGAAGAGCCCGGGGCUUCGAUGCGCGAGGACCUACGUGUUUGGCCAGGGAUGCGUGACCGCGACGACCAUCAACGGCUUCACCAAACGCGUCGACGACGACUCCGAAAACCAAUCGCAACUUCGAGAGCCUCCCCGCGCCACCGACGAGGCGGACGUCGCCGCGCUCGUGGGACUCUACGCCGCCGCGGUCGCCGCGGGCCGCGACGCCAUGUCCGCCGCGUGCGACGCGUGGGCCGCCGGCGCGGGCCCCGAGACGUGGACCAGAGGGGACGCCGUCGACGUUUCAAUCGUCGGCGCCGCGAGACGAGCGUUUGCCGUUACAGCGGACGUCCUCGGCGUCCCAUCGCACGUCGGGUCGGAUCGCGCGUCCGUGCUGGACGUCCACGUGGAUGCGACGGACCCGUCGAACGCGCGGCCGUCCCCUGUCGCGGGCGACGGCGCGAUGGGGGAACGUCGGGGGAACGGCGGUGACGACGACGCGGGUUCGGAUGUUGGUUUCAGUUUUGGUUUCGGUCGCGGCGUCGCUCGGUGCGUGGCGUACGUUCGCGUCGCUCUCCGCGGCGUCGUCGGCGUUGAGAGCGGCGAGCCCCUCGGCGCGAUCGUGUACGGCGACUCGUUCGUCCCCGGCGGAUUUCGAACCGGCGACGGCGGGGAAGAAGAGAGCUCGGCUUCUUUGGCGCCGCUGGUUCUGACGUCUGGCGUGCCGCUCGUCCGUGCGUGGCCCGCGGCUGGCGCGGAGACGGACGCGUGCGAAGGGUGCGGGGAGGCCACGAGGAAGAUGGUCAAGGACGCGCGGCUCAACUUUCGCGCACGACGAAAGGCGAGGGCGGCGAAGAAGGCAAAGGCGGAGAAGAGCCGCGCGGCGAAGGAGGAGCGGGGGGUAAGCGAGGACGCGCCCGCCGAGGAAGCGGCGAAGGCUUCGGCGGCGGACGACGAGGUGUUCCUGGACGACGAGCUCGAGUUUGAGAGCGACGACGAGGAGGACGAGAACGCGGCGCCGGGCAACAGCGACGCGGAGGGACCCGAGGAGGGGCCCGAGGACGACGACGGGGAUGACUUCUUCGCGCCGUCGGAUGACGACGACGACGACGGUCCCCACUUCGCGCCCCUCGCGUCGACGUACCGCGUGGACGAGUCGCUCGCGCUCGGCCCGUCGCUGCUCGUCCCCAAGCCCGAGCCCGUGCUCGCGUUCGUCCCGGCGUUCGACGUCCGUUCCGGGUCUUCCUCGAACCCUAACCCUAACCCUAAACCCUCGAUGGACCCGCGCGUCCUCGACGUCGUCUCGGGCGACGACGGCGCUCGCGCGGGCGAGUGGCACGUCUUCGACAACGGCGUCGCAUUCGUCCCGGACCACGGGGUGCCGCUUCACCUCGUUUUGGGCGUUAACGUCGCGGCGAUUGACGUUCACGACGCGUUGGUGGACGCGGACGGCGUCGCGGAUGCAGCGGCUGGGCCCGUCGUCGUCUUCCGGCUCUCGCGGCCGUGCGCGCUCGCGCCGUCACACCUGUUCCUUCAUAACGACGACGAUGCGGGUACCUCGCGAUUAAACGGGACGACCUCGGUCGCCUUUUCCCUCGCGCCCCUCGGGGAUAAGUCCAAGCGCCACUUCGCCCGCGUCGUCGUCCCGCGGUGGAGGCGCGUGUGUGCGUCCGGGCACCGCCAGGGGGUGGUCGGUCACGGCGGGUCCGGAGCGUUUUUCGGGUGCGAGGUUCGGACCGGGCUGGGCGCGUACGCCGCCGCCACGCCGUCGCAGGCGUGGGCGUGCGGACGCGCCAGGUCCACGCGGGAGCGCGCGGGCGGGAUCGCGCUCGCGUCGGCGUCGGCGUCCUCCGAGGCGUCCGUCGCGCACAAGCGGUUCCAGACCAGGGAGCCGGACUCGGCGGUGCUCGCCGCGGCGAGCGCCCUCGACGCGGAGCUUUAUACCGGGACGGGUAAACACGUACAUUCACGCGGCUUCGAGCAGCCGAAAGAGACCGGCGACGAGGGCGACUCGAUGGACGACGACGCCGUCGACGUCACCCUGCUCGUGGGGCCGCCGGACGGGUGCCAGGACGAGGUGUUUGACGCGCUGCGGCGGUACGCGUCCGGCUCGGCGACGUGGAUCUCGACGGAGGCGGUCGCGCCGUGCGCAGCCGCGGAAUCCGUGCGCGAGCUCGCCCACGCGCUCGCGUCGGUCCGAUCCACCGCCGCCCGAAGCGACGGGGGGGGCGCGCGGAAGCCGUAUCGGGUGUGCGUCAUCGCGAGGACGUACGAGUCAGCCGCGGAGGUGGCCGCGUCGGUGACCGAGGCGACGACCCUCGCGGCCGAGUUGUUGUUAGUCCAAACGUCGCCGCCGCCGACCGAUCGCGUUCGAAUGCGGCUCGGCGCGGUGACCGCGUGCGUCGCCGCGGAUGGUUUCUUCGCGGACGCCGAGCGAAGGCCCGCGUUCGGGGCGCUCGCGCAGGUGACGCCGCCGGCUUGCGAUAACGUCGUGUUGCUUCCAACCGGCGCGGCGGCGGCGGCGGCGGCGGCGUCGUUCUCGUCGGCUCCCGGCGCCGUCCCCGCGCCGACUUCGCGGGAGCUCCUCGAGGACGCCGCCGCGUGGAUCCGCGGCGCCAUUCGCGCGCGCGGCGGCGACGUGAACGUCACCGUCGGCGCCAGGCGUCUGCUCAGCAGCCCGCUCGCCGCGGCGACGACGACGAAGAAAAGUCCGGCGACUCACCACCCGGUGACUCACCGCCCGAACUCGGGCUCGCGUCGAAACCUCGCGCGGCGCCGCGUCGUGGCGGAGGGCGACGUGGACCUCCGCGCGGUCGUCGCGUGCGUCCGCGGGAUGUUCUCGCUCGGUCGCCGCGCUCGACCCAAAACCCCCGAGGAACUCCGACGGAUGUCCCCGGACGAGAGGCUCGCGUACGACCUCACGCGAUUCGCCGAGGUGGACCCCGCGUCGCCCGUGAUUGGUCACGCCGAGAUCUCGGCGACGAUCGGCGUCGGCGAAGGGGACGCGACGACGACGACGUUCAGGCGCGUGUACAACUUCACAGCCGCGGCGCGGGGCGAAGACGUCGACGACGCGGAGGGUUGGACCGACACGGCUGGCGCGGUUGCGAAAAGGGUCGAGAUUACCGUCUCUGGCGUGAACGUCGCGGGUGAUGGGCUGAACCUCGCGGAACGCGUGCGAGCGUGCGCGCACCGCGGCCCACCGUCGCGGCCGCUUCGGACCGCGGCGUCGCUGAGGGAGGAGGAGCUCGCGGCCAUCGCGCGGCGGUGCAAGGAGGAGGCUGACUUGCCAACCGGGUGGUACUACGACGGAGCCGUGUACGUGUCGUACGACGGCUUGCGAAGGACGAGCGCACACCCGAGGAUGGACGAGCACGUGGGCGCGAGGCUAGAGGAGAUGAACGCGGUGAUCGAGGAGUGGAACGUCAGGGCGGAGGAGGCGAGGAACGCGCUUCGCGGCGUGACGAUCACGGCGGAAGAGGUGAGGGCGUACGCGUGA